AUCGAAUACUACUUUACUUUUAUCUAAAAAAGAAGAUAUGAUGAUUCACGCUGAAUUUGAUAGAUAAUCACAUUUCGAUUCCUGCAACUAUGAUUGAAAAGGGUUAGAUCACUUAAUGCCAGAACUGAUCCGAAUCAAAGAAAAAAUGGUAGUAUGAUGAGAGGCGCGUGGCAAGCUGGAGCUGGUUUAACACAAAAACUGGGAGCCAUUCCUACAUCAGAGGCAAACAACAACUAACUGCAAAACUAUUCUUUCUUUCUUUUCUUCCCCCACAAACAAAUCGAUUACUAUCAUCGCGCUCUUUCUCUUUCUCUUUCUCUCUCACACGUUUCACUCGCUCUCUCUUACACCACUGACUUUUCAGAUGGGGAUAUAUCUGAGUACGCCGAAAACCGAGAAGGCAUCUGAAGAUGGUGAGAAUGACAUGCUCCGAUUCGGUUUGUCAUCCAUGCAGGGCUGGCGUGCUACUAUGGAAGAUGCUCAUGCAGCUCAUCCGUAUUUGGACGAGUCUACGUCUUACUUUGGUGUUUAUGAUGGCCACGGAGGUAAAGCUGUUUCAAAAUUCUGUGCAAAGUUUCUACAUCAGCAGGUGCUUAGGCAUGAAGCUUAUGUAGCUGGAGAUAUAGCCACGUCUUUACAGAAAUCUUUCCUCAGAAUGGAUGACAUGAUGCGCGGACAAAGAGGAUGGAGAGAAUUAGCAGUCUUGGGAGAUAAAAUAGAAAAGUUGUCUGGUAUGCUAGAGGGGUUUAUAUGGUCUCCCAGGAGUAGUGAAGCCAAUGAACGUGCUGAUGAGUGGGCUUUUGAGGAGGGACCCCAUUCUGAUUUCAGUGGGCCAAACUCUGGAAGCACAGCAUGUGUGGCUGUCAUCCGAGGAAAAAAACUUGUUGUUGCAAAUGCUGGUGAUUCUAGAUGUGUGUUAUCAAGGAAAGGCCAGGCACACAAUUUGUCUAAAGAUCACAAGCCUGACCUUGAGGUUGAGAAAGACAGAAUUUUGAAAGCUGGUGGUUUCAUCCAAGUUGGACGAGUCAAUGGAAGUUUGAAUUUGGCUAGAGCAAUUGGAGAUAUGGAAUUUAAGCAGAACAAGUAUUUGCCUGCUGAAAAGCAGGUUGUGACUGCUGAUCCGGACGUAACGUCAGUCGAGCUUUGCGACGAUGAUGAGUUUCUUGUGAUAGCUUGUGAUGGAAUAUGGGAUUGCAUGUCCAGCCAACAGCUUGUGGACUUUAUACAUGGCCAGUUAAAGACGGAGAAUAAACUUUCUGCGGUUUGUGAGAAAGUAUUUGAUAGGUGCUUGGCACCAACAGCUGGUGGUGAGGGAUGUGAUAACAUGACCAUGAUCUUGAUUCAGUUCAAAAAUAUUCCGACCUCAGAUGCUUCUGACAUAGACCAGCCUGAGUCAUCUGCUCAACUGACUCCAAAUCCUCCGGCUCCAGAUACAUCUGCUCAACCGUCUGAAGCCGGGCAGAAAGUAGAAUCGAAGUGAGAGAAUUUCAGACUCGAGCAAAUGGCCAUCAAUUUCUUACUGCAUAUUGAAGCACUGGUGAGGGGAGGUUCAUGGGUGUACUACUUUAUAUCCAGAUUUAAGAUUCAUGGCAUUAAUUCUCGAUAGAGGAUUGUAAAUUUGUGAGAAACUGCUAGUUCCUGGGGUUAUUGGCUUUGUACAUAAAUGUGGAUGACCAGAAUAUAAGGGGGGGAAAAGCGUUCAGCAAACCUACUGGUGUAGACACAGUUACAUGGAUGGUUAAAAUUACCUUUUUUGGAAUCAUACCACUGACAAAAAACAUGAUUGUUAACUGGAAGAACUCUAAGAACGUGUCUGAAUUCUCAAGUCAUAUACAUUAAUCACGAUUUGUAGAAGUUUCUUAAGGAUUUAGCAGAUUGUAUCAAAAUUACAGGUGAUUUAUUUUUUCUUCACAUGA